AAACCGAUUAUCGUAAACAAUAAGUUUAAGCGAGCUACAUAUUUGACAUUCGUAUCUUUAUGAAACUUUGCAAAUAUUUAGUGAAUCGAAAAUGUGGCGUCAAACAUUUUAUUGUCAAAGUGAUUAUCGAGAUAAGACAAUGUGUUUUAUGUAACGACCGCUGCGUUUGAUAUCUACUUGGUCAUCUCGAACUUUAGAAAAUCGUCCCGCCAAUAUAAUUACGUAAUAGCACUCGUUCUAUCGAAGCGGUGUAAUUUCGAUACAACGCAUCAGUAUUUAGAUGCGAGAAAUGUGUUGAUUAGAAAAGUGUUCAUUUAGUGAAAAUUGUGACAUUUAAAACUUAUAUAUUAAAGCAGUACAAGCAGAAUCUCUAUAUUUAUAUGAGACUGCACCUUCUGUUCUUUGUGUCUUUUCUCUUUAGCCCGUCGAAGAAUGAAUACAUGUAUCUUUUACGUGUAGAAAGUGCGAGAGGUGUAGCUAGGAUGCAUAGAUAGAGUCGCGUGUAUUUUUAAUCACGCAUACAUAUAUAAAAUUAUUUUGACGCAAUUCUAGUUUUACAUUUGACAUUGCUUGACUAUAUGACAUGAGAUUAUAAAGAUGAUUGCACCGAUUUAAUAUUUCUAUCUACAUAAAAAUGUGAAGUACGAGGAUACAAAAUUUUUUGGGCACAUCAAUAUCUAUUUUUUAUCCAAAUACCAUGAAAAUCAAUUACAUACAACUGCCUGUAAAGGCUCAUUAUUUCUUUUUUAUGGCAGCUAUGGGUCCUAUUUUACCGUUUCUACCAGUUUAUGGCAAGCAAUUGGGCAUCUCACCAUUAAUUAUGGGUAGCAUAACUGCGAUUUUGCCUAUUCUAUUUCUGAUCGCAAAACCAGCAUUCGGCUUUGUCGUAGAUUAUUUUCGCGCCUGGAGAAAAUCGAUAUUUAUAGCAUUACUUGCUAUAACGAGUGGUUGUUACAUUUUGAUGUACUUUUUACCAGUAUUGCCGGGUCCAAUGCUACCAGAUCAUCAGUUUCAAAACAUCUCGUGCUCUUCCUUGCCGUCUUGCGAUAUGGAUUAUCAUACCUCAGCAAUGGUAUCGUGUAACGGUAUAAAAGAUACUACAUGUCAUUGGAUAUGCAAGGAUAUGAAUUUUUCCACGCGAGUAUCUUUUCAUACAGUUAGAGAAGAAGCAUUCAUCUCACCAAAUACUACAUGUCUAUUAAAUAUUAAUGAAACAUCAUUAUGUCAAAAAAAUAUAACAAAUAACUGCAAUGUUACCUGUGAUAAUUUCGAAGAUACUCAUUGUCUAUAUACCUCCAUUACAUUCUGGGGAUUUGUUCUUUUAAUGUCUCUUGGCAACAUCGGUUUUAAUGUUUCCAAUUGCAUAAGCGAUGCAAUUUGCUUUGACAUAUUGGGUGAAGGUGGACAAAUGGGGUACGGCAGGCAACGAGUAUGGGGUACUAUCGGUUUUGGUGUCGCAGCAUUUCUAGCCGGUUACACAGUAGAUUUGUGGUCGCAAGGAGGAAUCUAUAAGAUUUAUACACCAGCGUUUCUUCUCGUGUUUGCAUUCACUUGUAUCGAUUUAAUUUGCUGCAGAAAAUUGGAACUGCCACUCAUGUCAGAUUCGACAAGUAUAGUCAAAGAUGUAUGUGCGCUUUUGAAAUUGAAACCUAUCGUUAUAUUUCUGUGUUUCGCUACUCUCGCUGGCAUUCUUGAUAGCUUCAUGAUUUACUUUUUGUUUUGGUAUUUAGAAGAUCUUGCUAUGGCAACCGGUUAUAUGGGUGAAAUUAAGUUAAUAGAAGGUAUAAUAGUAGCCGCAGAAACUCUUGGUGGCGAGAUAAUAUUCUUCUCAUUGUCUGGUAAAAUAUUGAAGAAGUUCGGAUAUGGUUACACUUUUACAUUCUGCUUUGUAUGCUACGCGUUACGUCUAGGAUUAAUAUCUCUUGCACCAACGCCAUGGUGGGUAAUUCCUGUAGAAUUUUUCAUGCAAGGACCAACAUACGCGCUUUGUUACACGACAAUAGUAGCAUACGCGAGCGCGGUAUCACCACCCGGCACAUCAGCCACCGUUCAAGGAAUUGUGGCAGGAAUGGAUGAUGGUUUCGGAUUCGCGGUUGGUAGUUUAAUAGGAGGUAUCUUGUACAAGAAAGUCGGUGGUGCAAUCACUUUAAGAAUAUUUUCAAUACUCGCAGCAUUUUCCGCAUUAAUGUAUCUCAUUCUUCACAAUCUGUACUUAAAACAUAAAACACCAGACACACAAAAUAAUGUUGAAUGGAGAAAACCUGACGAUGCACAAAAGCAUUGUGUUGUAGCAGAAACAUAACGUUUUAUAUAAUUUUUCUUAUAAAUAAUAAUAUAAAAAAAUAAGAAA